GGAAAUAUCACUACAAUCGUUUUCUCUCACCUAAGUCUGACUCUGACUCCUAUAAGUCUCAAGUCUUUCCUCAAUUUCGAAGCACCUUCAAAUAACGCGUUGUUGAAUCAAAGAAAAACAACAUCUUCACAUUUCUUUCUUUUUACUAGACUUGUGUGUAGUCAGUCACUCCACUCUUAAUCUAACGACCAAAUUCUUUUCUUCUCAUACUUUUAUUUGUUUAUUACAUAUUUACAUCCUUUUUCUUCUCUCUAAUUUAUGUUUCCAUACAUACUCAGAACUUAAUUAAAUCAAUUUUUUCAAUGUUGUUCACUUCCAUUUAAAGACUAAUUCCACAAUUCAAUCAUCUCUUUCUUUCCUUAAGUCUAAUAUAUUUGAGAAAAGAAACAAUUUUUUCUGAUUUUUUUUCCAACAUUUGUAUUAUAAUCAUGUCUACUUUAGUACCAUUCUUAUACCCAAGGUUUUAGCUUUACAAUAAAGAUGUUAAGUUGAGGUGAGAGAAAGAGAUAGGGAGUAAAAAUUGAGGUUUUUGUGUUCUGGGUUUGAUUUGAAAAUUUGAAAAGUUGCAAAAUUUGGUGGGAAAAGUUUAAGUAAUGGCGAGGAUUAUGAAGAAGAUCAUGCCUGUCUCACAAUCAAUGUCUGGUACUGAAUUUAUUGAUUAUUUUGAUGCUGAUAUUUCAAUUGCUAUGGAAUAUACAGGUUCUCCUAUUAGUAAUAGUAUGCUUCUUAAGGUUUUACCUGUUGAUGUUGAUUGUAUUCCAACUGCUAAAAUUGCUGCUUCACCUGCUGUUUUGUAUAAUUUGUCAUUGCCUGUUGUUGAACCAAUUGUUAGGAGUAAAAUUAGGGCAAAUAAUGAGGUUAGAUUAGGUUCAAAGGUCGACGAUUCGAAGAAUCAGGUGACCCUUGUGAAGAAUAGUUUGAGUGAUGAUGUUUCUUAUGGUGGGUUUAUUGGAAAUGAGGAUUUAAAAGAUGGGGUGGAGAGUUCAGGUACACUAGGGUUUUCUGAUAGUACUAGGGAUCAUUCACAUGAGUUGUCUGAGAGUUCAGAUAUGUUGGAAAUCCCAUAUGGUUGUAAUGAGAUUGAGGCUUUUCAGAACUCUAUGGACUUGGAUAAGUGGAAUCCGGAUGAAUCUGGUUCGAAUUCUCAGCGUUUUGGUGGGGGUUUUUGUGAGGAAGAGGAGGAUUCUGAUGGGGAACAUCUUGAGUGUAGGAGGAAGAAGAAGAAGGGUGGUGUUACCUUCCAUGAUCAGGAGUCUGAUUUUUUAGGUGCUCAGGGAGAAUCGAUAUAUAGCAAUGACUGUUUUGUACGGGAGAGGCCAGUGCCUGAAAGGCCUCCUAAGAAGGGCAUGUGCUAUCGUUGUCAUAAAGGGAACCGUUUUACUGAGAAAGAAGCUUGUAUUGUUUGUGAUGCCAAGUAUUGUAGCCAUUGCAUUAGAAAAGCAAUGGGAUCAAUGCCAGAAGGAAGAAAAUGCCUUGUGUGCAUUGGCUGUCGUAUUGAUGAGUCAAAGCGGAAGAUGCUUGGAGAGAGCUCACGGAUUCUGAGGAAAUGGUUGAAGAAGGAGGAGGUGAGACAAAUUAUGCAGGCUGAGCUAUGCUGUGCUGCCAAUCAGUUACCCCCAGAGUGCAUUUUGGUGAAUGGCCGCAAACUAUGCUUGAAGGAACUGAUGAGGUUGCGUAGCUGCUCCAAUCCUCCAAGGAAUCUAGAACCGGGGUCCUAUUGGUAUGAUAGAGUCACUGGUUUAUGGGGAAAGGAAGGGCACGGGCCUUGCCAGAUUAUUACUCCGCAGCUUCAGGUUGGUGAACAAAAGAUGAAGCAGGAUGCUAGUAAUGGAAACAAAAAAGUGACAAUUAAUGGUCGCGAGAUCACUGGAGCAGAAAAAUGGAUGUUGAGGUCAGCUGGUGUUAUAUGUGAAGGGAGUCCAAAUUUCUGGGUGCAGGCAGAUGGAAGGUAUCUUGAAGAGGGAAUGAAGUUGGAAAAGGGCCCUAUAUGGAGCAAGAAAAGAACCAAGCUUUUGUGCACCAUCUUGUCAUUGCCUACCCCUGAAUCUCCACAUCCUAGAGGGCAACCAAACCCUAUGGCUGAAGGAGCGCUCUCUUGUUACCUUGAACAAAGAGCAUUAUGUAAAGUGCUUCUAGUUGGCAAUGAUUGUUCCGGGACAAGUACAAUUUAUAAGCAGGCCAGGGUUUUAUAUAAUAUUCCUUUCUCACAAGAAGAGCGUCAAAAUAUUAAGUUCAUGAUUCAGAGUAAUCUAUAUGGUUAUCUUGGUAGACUACUUGAAGGGCGUGAGAUUUUUGAAGAACAGAGUCUGUUAGAAAUAAUGAGGAAGAGGCAGUCAACGGAUCCUGGUCCAUCAGAUUCGGGAAGUGAACUACAACUUAUGACAGAGUAUACCAUUGGGAAGAAAUUGAAGGUCUUUUCUGACUGGCUCAUCAAUCUCAUGCUGUCAAAUAAUCUGCACUUGAUUUUCUCUGCUGCUCGAGAGUAUGCACCAUGUGUAGAAGAGUUAUGGAACGAUGCAGCCAUUCAAGCCACUUACAACAGAAGAGAUGAACUAGAAUUACCCAGGGUUGCCAGUUAUUUCUUAGAUAGGGCAAUUGAUGUUACCAAAGUGGAUUAUGAACCCUCUGACACCGACAUCAUGUAUGCAGAGGGCAUAACUUCAUCCAAUGGUCUCGCCUCUAUGGAAUUUUCAUUUUCUCAGCCACAAGAUGAUGUCUGCAGGGACCCUGAUGAGCAACCAGAUCCUGUUACAAGAUACCAAUUAAUUAGAGUGCACGCCAACAGCCUCGGGAGGAACUGCAAGUGGUUGGAGAUGUUUGAAGAUGCUAGAAUCGUCAUAUUUUGCGUGUCCCUAACAGAUUACGAUGAAUAUGAGGUAGAUAGUAGUGGAAUACUUGCAAACAAGAUGUUACAGAGCAAGAAACUGUUUGAGAGCAUCAUUUCUGACCCAACAUAUAAAGAUAAACAUUUUCUUUUGAUCCUUAACAAGUUUGAUCUCUUAGAGGAAAAGAUUGAGCAAGUACCCCUCACACAUUGCGAGUGGUUUCAAGACUUCAACCCAGUGUUCAGCCGUCAUCAGAGCACUAAGCGCAGCAGUACCACCAUAGCGCCUCUGGCUCAACGAGCAUUCCACUACAUCGCUGUGCAGUUCAAGAGACUAUUUACAUCAUUAACUGGAAGGACGUUGUAUGUUUGUCCAGUUACUGCUCUGGAGUCGGAUACGGUUGAUAAUGCUCUGAAAUAUGCAAGGGAGAUUCUUAGAUGGGAGGAAGAUAAGGCUAACUUCAGCAGCUUAACUGAUUUAUCUUCUGAGAGUAUUGAGAACAGCUCGUACUCAUAGUUGUUUGCUGAAGAUAGAAUAACAAAGUAUAAUGCCAUGUAGUAAUAUUCUUUUGUGAUUUGUCUGUACAUAUGUAUAAUGCAAGAUUUUUGUACACAUUACUUGAGCGGGCAGAACUAGAAAUCGAGAUAGGUAAAAAUAGAAUAGAGUUCCAGCUCCAUUGGAAAGGGAUAAAUUCAUAAAAUGACUUUUGAAUACAAAAUUGUAUAAUAUCAUUUUAAUAAUAUAUUUUCUCCGUUUCACAUUA